UACCUGAUUGCGCCGGGGGCGGGGCUAGUACUUCGCGGUGAUUUACCGGUGAUAAAGUCAGAGAUCGGGUGGAUGCGUUUUGAUAAGGCGACAUCCAAUCAGAUUUCAGGGAUAAUGAAAUUGACUUAAAUAUCACCGCAAAUGGACGGAAUAUAUAAACUGACAUUAAACUGAUAGACGAUACAAAGUUAAAUACGUAUUCAUAUGAACUACUUGGAUAAAUAAUUUUUUAUAUUCCUCAAGUGAAUUCAAUUGGAUUAUUAGAAGGGAUAUAACUAUCAAAGAAAUGAAGCCAAUUUCUCCAAAUUUCUUCACCUCGUCCCAGACUACCCGAUGCUGUAAUACCGGACACCCGGUAUUAGCGGAUCCAUUGACCGGAAGAACAAUAUGCUCGUGCCAACUGCAAUCAGGUGUGCCAGCGUAUCUUUCACGUGUUCCAAGUCUUCCAGAGACCGUGUACAGUCAAGCGUCUCCUAAACUCUCUACCGGAAGUAUUGUCGGUGAUCGCAGCGGAUCAGCGUUCUUUCCUACAUAUCCAACAGAAAAUCAGAUGCACAGGGUUUCUAUGGCAUCACCAACCGUUCCGUCAUACUACAUGGAACAAGUUAUGUCUUCUCAUCCGUAUGGCGCCAUGUACCCUGGCUUCGAUAUUAAUGGAGCACGUAGAAAGAAUACCAACAGGGAAUCCACUGGCCCCUUGAAAGCCUGGCUGUAUCAACAUCGCAAGAACCCAUAUCCUACAAAAGGUGAAAAGGUCAUGUUGGCAAUCAUUUCUCAAAUGACCUUGACCCAAGUUUCCACGUGGUUUGCCAAUGCCAGAAGACGGCUGAAGAAGGAAUCGAAGAUUGAUGACAAGGAUAUUGAUCUUUCAGACAUUGAUGUUGAUGAUUCAAGCCUCCGCAAUAUGAGUUCUUCCAGUAUUCUUACCGACUCUGAUUCUGAGAGCGCGACAAAUUACUUGAAUAUUUCAAAAUCUCAUUCGGAACAUUCUGAUAUCUCAGACGGCGAGGAACAGUCACCACGUGACCACAUUUCCAGGAAAACGUGCACACAGCGUUUGUUUUCUCCAGAUGGAAGAGUAGACCAAUGUCUUGACAGAAAUUCAUCACCGGAAACAACAAGUCCAUCGUAUUUUAGUAAAAAUGAGUCUGUAACUGUUAAUAAUAUGAUUGAAAACGAAAAACCUGUAAAAGAACUUACGAAUACCAACAAAGAAAGUGUAGAAGAAUUUCAAACUACUGCUAGUAAUUGUACAACGAAAACAACGACUUUAACCGCAGACAAAAUUCAAAACAAGCCGAAAAUAUGGUCAAUUGCUGAAAUGUUAAGAUGAUUUCAUGUUAGGUUUUAUUAUUAAUUUUUUCUCUAUGAAAAUGUUAAAUCGUGUCCGAAUUGUUUAAAAAACAUGCCAUAAAGCUACCUCAGUCCUGAUUUGCUUUUAUUGUUAUUUUAAUAAAGUAAGGUGCAUAUUUAUACAUAUGUAUAUAAAAGUGUGUCUUCCAAAAAUAUUCAUUAGAGGAAUUUAUGUUAUUUAAAUACACAUGCAUAGGUAGACCCUGUGUUAAUAUUAUUGUCGCCUGUGUA